AUGCGAGAGCUGACGUUGACCCCUUGCCAAGCUGGCCCCUUCCCAAGCGCCCGCUCGGUGACGGUGGACAGCUCCAAGGCGCGCACCUCGCUGGAGGCGCUCAAGCUGAGCCUGCGCGCCCUGCGCUGGAAGGAGUUUCCAUUCGGUCGCCGUUUGCCCUGCGACAUCUACUGGCACGCGGUCUCCUUUCACGACAAUGUCAUUUAUUCCGGACAAGUCAACAAAUUUCCAGGCAUGACCGAAAUGGCACGCAAGGCCAACCUGAGCCGUGCCAUGAGGACGAUGCAGGAGCUUUUCCCCGAAGAGUAUAACUUCUACCCCCGUUCCUGGAUUCUCCCGGAGGAGUUCGUCAUCUUUGUCACUGAGGUCAACCUGAUGAAGGAGAACAACCCCCGUUGGAAGCCCACCUUCAUCGUGAAGCCGGACGGGGGCUGCCAGGGGGACGGGAUCUACCUGGUGAAGGAGCCCGCGGAGAUCCGGCUGAUGGGCAACCUGCAGAGCCGUCCGGCCGUGGUCCAGGAGUACAUGGCCAAGCCCUUCUUGAUCGACAAGCUGAAGUUUGACAUCCGCCUGUACGUCCUGCUGAAGUCCCUGGAUCCCCUGGAGGUCCACGUGGCCAAGGACGGGCUGUGCCGCUUCUGCACGGAGCCCUACCAGGAGCCGGCCCUGAACAACCUCCACCAGGUCUACAUGCACCUGACCAACUAUUCCCUCAACAUCCACAGCGGGAAUUUUGUCCACUCGGACAGUGGUAACACCGGCAGCAAACGGACGUUUUCCAGCAUCCUGGCCAAGCUGGCUUACAGCGGCGUCAACAUCCGGAAAGUUUGGUCCGAUAUCAUUUCCUUGGUCAUCAAGACCGUCAUCGCCAUCGUGCCUGAGCUGAAGGUCUUCCACCAGUCCGACAUCCCCGCGGGAAAACCGGGGCCUUCCUGCUUCCAGAUUUUAGGAUUUGACAUCCUGUUGAUGAAGAACCUGAAGCCCAUUUUGCUGGAGGUCAACGCCAACCCAAGUAUGAAGAUCGAACACGAACAAGAGGUUUCUCCGGGAAUCACGCAAUACAUCCCCAGUCCGGUCGAUGAAGAAGUCAAGGUGGCGGUUAUCCGCGACACCCUCCGAUUGGUGGAUCCCCACAGGAAGAAGAAGAAGAAGCAGAAGAAGAAGAAGCAGCAGGAGGAAGAGGAGGAGGAGGAAGAGGAGCUGACAGAACAGCCUUUAGCUGAACCAGGGGGACUGCCAGCCCAGGAGAAGGAGACCUUCUACCAGGAGGAGCUGGAGAACAAGCCCGAGCUGAGGGAGAGCCCCCCGCCGGAAGCAGGGCCCCCCGCCGCUUGCCUGAAGGAAGUCUUCCCCAAGUAUGCCAAGCAAUUCAGCUACCUGCGGCUGGUGGAAAGGAUUGCCGCCCUCUUCAUCCGCUUCCUGGGGGUGAAGGGGACCACCAAGCUGGGGCCCACCGGCUUCCGGAUGUUUAUAAGGAACAGCAAGAUCAGCAACAGUUGCUUCAGCAUGGCUGCGGGAGAUAUUCUGUACAUCGACAUCACCCGCCGGGGGAACGGGCUCGGUGCGGACCAGCGGGAGGCUGGGAUGAACCUGCAAGGCUUUGUGGAGGCCAUUUGCUUGCUAGCCCAGAGGAGGUACAAGUCCCUCUCGCUGCACGAGCAGGUGGAGCUCCUCCUGGACUACUGCGAGUACAACUUGGCUGCCCUGGAUGAGAAGCGCCUGACCUGCAGCCGAAGCCUCUCCAGUACCCAAGCCACCCUGGUCACCUGCCCGCAAGACCAGCUGCAGCUCAGCCCGGCCACGCCCGCCUCGGCUGCCUUGCACAGAAGGCAGAAGUUUGUCGACUGCAGGAGCUCCCAGCCCUGAAGAGCCAUUGAAGGUCCCGCCGGCCUGAUGCCCAGCCUGUGCCGCAGGAGGGGCAGCCGUGCCCAGCCCUCCCUUUAGAGACAUUUUGGGGGGGGGGGCUGCGUGGCUUGACUGAUACUCCUCAGUCAAAGUCCUUUUUGGCGUGGCCUGUUGGCGCAUCAUCAGAAGGGAGAGGCGAGGGGGAUCCUGGAUCUAAGCACAUCUUCUACAGCCACGCAGAGGCAUCUUC